CAGGAGUCAACGGUCACAGAAGCUGUGCCAAACUACACACGCGGUUCCUUCAUCAACUGCUAAACUGAGAAAAACUGCUCGAAUCUGUGCUGUAGCAUUUUGGAGGCUCACAAUUCGAGUGCAAACACCAAAUCAUAGUUUUCACAAGCAACUGAUGAACACGUCUCCAGAGAGGAAAUGCAUGUGAUAAAGUAAUGUCUGAAGAGAGAGAAAAGGACUGUACCUCUGAGAUGAGUCUCUCUGAGGAGAAGAGUGUAAGUCCAGGCUCACAUGUAAACAGCUCUGUGUCUGUGAAAAGUCAUCAGUCCAAAGGUGAAGUACCAAACUUCAGUGAGGAGACACCAUCAGCUACCGAAAGUGAAAGUCCAGGCUCAUGUGUAUUCAGCUCUGCGUCUGUGGAAAGUCAUCAGUCCAAAGGUGAAGUACCAAACUUCAGCGAGGAGACACCAUCAGCUACCAAAAGUGAAAGUCAAGGCUCACAUGUAAACAGCUCUGUGUCUGUGAAAAGUCAUCAAUCCAAAGGGGAAGUACCAAACUUCGGUGAGAAGACAUCAUCGGCUACCAAAAGUGUAAGUCCAGGCUCACAUGUAAACAGCUCUGUGUCUGUGAAAAGUCAUCAGUCCAAAGGUGAAGUACCAAACUUCAGUGAGGAGACACCAUCAGCUACCGAAAGUGAGAGACCAGCCUCAAAUGUAUACAGCGAUGUGAAAAGUCACCAUUCCAAAGGUGAAGUACCAAACUUCAAUGAAGAAACACCAUCAGCUACCAAGAGUGGUCAAAGGCAGAAAGGAACAGUACACAUUGGUGCAGAGAUUACACGAUGGAGAGAUUUAAAAUCACAAAAGGGAAUGAAGAGUGAUGUAGAACUGGCAACUUUUCUUUUGAACAGCCACAACAGUGUUCAGGAUGAGACAUCAGACACAUCACACCUAGAUAUACAAAGGCACCGCAAGAAAUUCAGAGACUACCUCUUCUGGAUCUUCCAGGAUCUUGAGAACAAGAUUACCACAUUCUUGAAGACAGAGCUGAACAGAUUUAAGAAAAUAUUAAAAAAAGAAAACACAAAAUACUUUGUGAAGGAAUUUAAGGAGGCUAGAUGCAUUGUCAGAGAAGCAGCUCUGGAUAUCACACUCUACUUCCUAAGAAAUAUGAAACAAGAUGAACUAGCUGGGACUUUAGAAGAUGAGCUCGUCUUCAUACAUCAACGACAAAUCAAAUCAAACCUGAAGAAGAGGUAUCAAUGUUUAUCUGAAGGAAUUGCAAAGCAAGGUGAAUCAACAAGCCUGAAUAAAAUCUACACCGAUCUCUACAUCACUCAGGGUUGUAGUGAACAAGUCAAUACUGAUCAUGAGGUCAUGCAGAUUGAGUCAGCUUCCAGGCGUCGUGAAUUACCAGAAGAACAGGUGAAAUACACUAAUUUGUUCGAACAGACUGAGACAGACAAGCCUAUCAGAACUGUGCUGACGAAAGGUGUUGCUGGCAUUGGGAAAUCCGUCUCUGUCCAAAAGUUCAUUCUCGACUGGGCUGAAGGCACUGCAAAUCAAGACAUCACCUUCAUAUUUCCACUUCCUUUCCGAGAGUUAAAUUUACAGGAGAAUGAAAGUCUGAGCUUGAUGGACCUUGUAAGGCAGUUUUUCCCAGAAACAAAAGGAUUGAACCUUACAAGAAAUGAGAAAUUUAAAAUCCUUUUUGUCCUUGAUGGAUUGGAUGAAUGUCGACUUCCUCUUAAGUUUACGUUAAAUAAGAUUUGUUGUGACGUCACUUUUAAAGUCCCUCUGGAUGUUCUCCUAACAAACCUCAUUAAUGGAAAUCUAUUUUCUUCGGCUCUCAUCUGGAUAACCACCAGACCGGCAGCAGCCAGUAAGAUACCUAAUGAGUGUAUUCACAGGGUGACAGAAGUACGUGGGUUCGACGAUGCGCUGAAGAAGGAGUACUUCAGAAAAAGAUUCCCAGACACGGCUCUGGCUGACAGAAUCAUUAAGCAUGUUGUGGAAAACAAAAGCCUCUUUAUCAUGUGCCACAUCCCAGUCUUCUGCUGGAUUUCAGCCACUGUGCUCCAGAACAUUUUGGAGGAUAUACAACAGGUGUCAGAUUCCGAUGACACACCUAAGACUCUGACACAAAUGUACACACACUUUUUCCGCUUUCAGAUCCAGCAGAGCAGUAGAAAGUACGAUGGACAAUACGGACCAGAUAUUUCCUGGAAUAGAGGGGCUAUCUCAUCACUGGGAAAACUGGCAUUUCACCAACUUCAAAAAAACAACCUGAUCUUCUAUGACACUGACCUGGAAAGCUGUGGCAUAGACCUCUCUAAUGCAUCUGCAUACUCUGGGAUGUGUACCCAAAUAUUUAAGGAGGAAACAGGGAUCAGACUUGGUACCACAUACUGCUUCGUUCACAUGAGCAUUCAAGAGUACACCGCAUCUGUUUAUGCACAUCUGUUUCUAGACGACAGCGAGAAAAAUGCAUUUGCUGGACAGCCAAUGGAACAGGAAGAUGAAACAAUGUAUGGUUUGCUCAAGACUGCAGUGGACAAGGCACUUGAGAGUGAUAACGGUCACCUAGACCUUUUUCUUCGCUUCCUUCUCGGCCUGUCUCUUAAGUCCAAUCGCCCACUUCUACGAGGUCUGUUGACACAGCAGGACAACAAUGAGCAGAUCCAAGAGGAAAUAGUCAAGUACAUCAAAAAGAAAUUAGAUUCUAAUCUGUCUCCAGAGAGAUCCAUCAACCUGUUCUACUGCCUGAAUGAACUGAAUGACCGAUCCUUGGUGAAUGACAUUCAAGAACAACUUAACAAAGGGAGUCUCUCAUCUGUCGAGCUCUCACCCGCUCAGUGGUCCGCUCUGGCCUUUGUGUUGGUUACAUCAAAUGAGGAGCGGGAGGACUUUGAGCUUCAAAAAUUCAAGAAAUCAGAUGAAUGUCUUUGUAGACUAGAGCUGGUUGUAAAAAACUCCAAAAGAGCUCUAUUAAAUGAUUGUAACCUAACAGAGAAAAGCUGUUUAACUCUGGCGAGAGUUCUUGGAUCAGAUACCUGUCUGCAGGAGCUCAACAUAGAAAAUAAUCAUCUGAUGGAUUCAGGAGUGGAGCUUCUCUGCACUGGACUGGAGAAUGCAAAGAAAAGUAAACUGGAAAUACUGAGACUGAACAAGUGUGAGCUAACAGAGGAAAGUUGUUCAGCUCUAGCUUCAGUUCUGGGUUCAGACUCGAGCGGUCUGAGAGAACUUGACCUGAGCAAUAAUAAGCUACUGGAUUCAGGAGUAAAUCUGCUCUCUGCUGGACUACAUAAGAACUCUACACUGGAGAUACUCAAACUUUCAAAUUGCAGUAUUACUGAAGAAGGUUAUAAAAGUUUGGCUUCAGCUCUGGAAUCAAACCUGUCACACCUGAAGGAGCUGGAUCUCACUGGAAAUGAUCCUGGAGAAUCAGGAGUGAAGCUGCUCACUGAUGUACAACAGCAAUCCAACUGUAAACUGACAACACUGAGAUUUUUAAGUCCUGCUGCAGAGAAAGCACUUGAGUAUCUGACAGAAGUUCUUGGUGAAAACCUCUUAUUUCUGAGAAAGCUGGAUUUGAGCAAACAUAAACUAAUACCCCCAGGAAUGACGGAGCUUGCUGCUGUACUGCAGGAUAAGCACUGUAAACUACAGACACUCAUCCUCAAUGACAGAAACCAUUUCACAGAAGAAGAUUGUGCUGCUCUGGCUACUGCUUUUAUUUCAAACCCCACGAACCUGGAAGAGUUGGGUCUGAGUAGAAGCACACUUAGAGAUUCAGGAAUGAGGAGUAUAUCCACUCUGUUUGAGAAUUUACUUUGUAGACUGAUCAUACUUAAGUUAAGUCACAUUUAUAUUACAAAAGAAGGCUGUGUUCCCUUGGCUUCAGCUUUUAUUUCAAAUCCCUCACACCUGAGAGAGCUAGAUCUGAGUGGGAAUAAAAUAGAAGAUUUUGGAGUUACGGAAAUCUCCAAACUUCUGCAGAAUUCUGAAUGCAGACUGGAGAAACUGAGACUUUCAAACUGCAGUAUUACAGAAGAAGGUUAUACAAGUUUGGCUUCAGCUCUGGAAUCAAACCCGUCAUACCUGAUCAAGCUGGAUCUCACUGGAAAUGAUCCUGGAGAAUCAGGAGUGAAGCUGCUCACUGAUGUUCCAAACUGUGCCCUGAAAACACUGAGGCUUUUGAAAAGUCCUGAAGCAGAGAAAGCCUGUCAGUAUGUGACUGGAGUUGUUGGGACAAACCCUUUACUCCUGAGAGAGCUGAAUCUGAGUAACCAUAAACUAGACGACACAAAAGUGAAGCAGCUGGCUGCUCUACUGGAGGAUAAACACUGUAAACUAAAUAUACUUCAGUUGAAUUAUGAUAAUAUUUCAGAAAGAGGAUGUGCUGCUCUGUUAUCAGCAUUACCUUUAAAUCCUUUAAAUUUGAAAGAGUUGGAUCUGAGUGGAAAUCAACUGAAAGACACAGGAAUAAUAGAAAUCUCGUCUCUGUUGAAAAAUCCACUAUGCAUACUGGAAAAACUGAAACUUUCAAACUGCUGUAUUACUGAAGAUGGUUACAAGACUUUGGCUUCAACUCUGAGAUCAAACCCGUCACACCUGAUAGAGUUGGAUCUCACAGAAAAUAAUCCUGGAGAAUCAGGAGUACUGCAGCUCACUGAUUUACUACAUGCUAGCCCAUCAUGCUGUAAAUUGAAGACCAUCAGAUUUUUGAAAAGCGCUGAUGCAGAGGAGGCAUGUGAUUAUCUGACAGAAGUUCUGGGUAAAAACCCCUUACUGCUAACAGAACUGGAUUUGAGCCACAACAAACUAGGAGAUCUGAACGGACAGAAGCUCUCAGCUCUUUUGAUGGAUUCACAUAGCAGACUGGAGAAAAUUAAGCUGAAUGAUUGUGACCCGACGGAGAAUAAUUAUUCAGCUCUAGCUGCUGUUCUCUCUUGCAACACCAUUCUGAAAGAGAUGGACCUGAACAACAGCCGUCUGCUGGACUCAGGAGUGAAACAGCUUUGUGUGGAGCUAAAGAAGUCUAAGCUGCAAAGACUGAAACUGAACAAGUGUGAGCUAACAGAGGAAAGUUGUUCAGCUCUAGCUUCAGUUCUGGGUUCAGACUCGAGCGGUCUUAGAGAACUUGACCUGAGCAAUAAUAAACUACAGGAUUCAGGAGUAAAUCUGCUCUCUGCUGGACUACAUAAGAACUCUACACUGGAGAUACUCAAACUUUCAAACUGCAGUAUUACUGAAGAAGGUUAUAAAAGUUUGGCUUCAGCUCUGGAAUCAAACCCGUCACACCUGAAGGAGCUGGAUCUCACUGGAAAUGAUCCUGGAGAAUCAGGAGUGAAACUGCUCACUGAUGUACAACAGCAAUCCAACUGUAAACUGACAACACUGAGGUUUUUGCAAAGUCCUGAUGCAGAAAAAGCUUUUAAUAAUGUUAAAAAUGUUCUUGGUAAGAACCCAUUACUCGUGAGAGAGCUGAAUCUGAGUAAACAUAAACUAGACGACACAAAAGUGAAGCAUCUGGCUGCCCUACUGGAGGAUAAACACUGUAAACUAAACACACUUCAGUUGAACUACAGCAAUAUUUCAGAAGGAGGAUGUGCUGCUCUGGUGUCAGCAUUACAUUUAAAUCCUUCAAAUUUAAAGGAGUUGGAUCUGAGUGGAAAUCACUUAGGAGACACAGGAAUAAUAGAAAUCUCCACCCUGUUGAAAAAUCCACUAUGCAUACUGGAAAAACUGAAAAUUUCAGAUUGCUGUAUUACUGAAAAAGGUUAUGACACUUUGGUUUCAACUCUGAAAUCAAGCCCUUCACAUGUGAUCGAGCUGGAUCUUACAGGAAAUAACCCUGGAGAAUCAGGAGUGAAUUUGCUCAUUGGUUUACUGGAGCAUGAAAAAUGUACACUGAAAACACUCAGAUAUUUGAGUCCUGCAGCGGAGGAGGCCCGUGAUUAUCUGGCUAAAGUUCUGGGUAGAAACCCCUUACUGCUCAAAGAACUGGAUCUGAGUCGCAACAAACUAGGAGAUCUGCAUGUAGAGAAGCUUUCUGCUCUCUUGACUGACUCGCAUAGCAGAGUGGAGAAAAUUAAGCUGAAUUAUUGUGACCUGACAGAGAAGAAUUAUUCAGCUCUUGCAGCGGUUCUCUCUUCAAACACCAUUCUGAAAGAGAUGGACCUGAACAACAGCCGUCUGUAUGACUCAGGAGUGAAACAGCUCUGUGACAAACUGAAGAAGUCUAAGUUGCAGAUACUGAAACUUUCAAACUGCAGUAUAACAGAAGGAGGUUAUAAAACUUUAGCUUCUGCUUUAAAGUCAAAUCCUGCACACCUGAUCGAACUGGAUCUCACUGGAAAUGAUCCUGGAGAAUCAGGAGUGAAGCUGCUCACUGAUGCUCGACAGAAAUCAAACUGUACACUGAGGUUUUUAAAAGGUCAUGCUGAGAAAGCCUAUCAGUAUGUGAAUAAAGUUCAAAGAAAAGACCCUUUACUUCAAAAAGAGCUGAAUCUGAGUGACCAUACCCUAGACGACACAAAAGUGAUGCAGCUGGCUGCUCUGCUGAAGGAUAAACACUGUAAACUAAAUAUACUUCAGUUGAGUGACUGUGGUCUAACAGAGAAAAACUGCUCAGCUCUAGCUAACAUUUUGAGCUCAAUGUCCAGUCUAAAAGAGCUGGACAUAAGCAACAACCGUCUGUUUGAUUCAGGAGUGAAGAAAAUACAGAGUGGAUUAGGAAAUGUAAACUGCAAACUGGAAAAACUAAGAAUGUCAGUAUGCGAUAUUACUGAAGAAGGUUAUAAAAGUUUGGCUUCAGCUCUGGAAUCAAACCCGUCACACCUGAAGGAGCUGGAUCUCACUGGAAAUGAUCCUGGAGAAUCAGGAGUGAAGCUGCUCAAUGGCAUACUAAAAAAUCCAUCAUUUAAACUUAAAACACUGAGUUUUUUGAGUGGUCUAGCAGAGGAGGGCUUUAACUAUGUGAAGAAAAAUUCUGAUCCUUUACUCCUGGGAGAGCUGAAACUUGUUGAUCGAAACCUAGAUGACACAACAGUGAAAAAGCUGGCUGCUCUUCUGGAAGAUAAACACUGUAAAGUAAAAACACUCCAGCUGUGUAAAUGCAAUAUUAAAGAAAAAUGGUGUGGGAUCCUGACAUCAGCUCUUCAUUCAAACCUUUCAUACCUGAGAGAGCUGGACCUCAGUGGCAAUGACAUAAAAAAGGGAGUAAUGCACUUAUGUGAUGUACUAGGGGAUCCGCGCUGCAAAAUUGAAAACCUAUGGUUAAGAGGCUGUGGUUUUACAGAUGAGGAUUUUGCUGCUCUGAGUUCAGCUUGGAAUUCAUCACUUCUGAGACGGCUGUACCUGACUGGAAAUACACUUGGAGGCAAAGGAGUUGAAAACCUUUGUGCUCAAAUAAAAAAUUCACAAACCAAGCUGCAAACACUUGAGCUGUGUGGAUGCAGUAUUACAGAGAAACAGUGUUUCAUGCUGGCAUCAGCUCUGUGUUCAAACCCUUCAUACCUGAGAGAGCUGUAUCUCAGUGGCAAUGAUGUAAAAAACAAAGGACUGGAGCAAUUGUGUUAUCUACUAAAUGAUUCAAAAUGCAAACUGGAGAAGCUGGGUCUAAAUAAAUGUAACAUUACAGAUGUUGGCUCUUUGGUUAAGAUGAAUGCAGUGUUCAGUUUAAAGGAACUUGAUCUAAGUAACAAUAAUAUAGGAGACUCAAAGAAGAAGCUCUCUGAAAUGCUAAAUGGAUCAGGCUGUACCCUAAGACUAGACAGUGAAAAUGUGAUCAGUGGGAUGUGGAAUCGGUUUACAUCCAUUUUUAAAGCUGAAGAUAACAAAUCAGCAGGACCUGAGACAUUCAGAAAUGAAGCAGCCGGAAAGACAGAAGACAGAAGAGAGGAAAACAUUCUGCAUAGUAAAACAGAGGAACCGGUUCCUGAGAAAAGCCCAGAUGCAUGUGGGUCAGAAGUAGAUUGAGUAUUUGUCCUACAAAUAUCCUGCGGUUGGAAUUUGCUGGAAUUAAACAAAGACAGCCAAGAAACUGAAUUUCUGAAAAGCAACCAUAUAGUCUGUUAAUUUUCAAUGGAAAUACAGAAAUUUGUGUGUUUUAUGAUUUUCUUAUUUGCCCCCUUUUUAUAUACAUUUAAAUUUUUUUACUUGUCGUUCAUGGAUGUAAAAAAGUUUAAAGGUUUUCAAUAAUGUCACUAAACAAUAAAUGUAAUGGAGCAAUGUUCCACUGUCUUUGCUUGGUGCUAGAAUAUCAUUCAGUGUUGCAGAUCAGAUCAUAUUUAGC